AUGGGUAGUAUUCCCAACGGGACGCCCAAGCGUCCUAACUUUCUCUUCAUCCUCGCCGACGACCUGGGCUUCUCCGAUGUGGGAUGUUAUGGCUCCGAGAUCCAGACGCCCAACAUUGAUCGAUUGGCUGGUGAGGGCAUUCGAAUGCUCAACCACCAUGCCGCUGCGGCGUGUUCGCCCACGCGCGCGAUGCUUCUUAGCGGAACCGAUGCGCAUCUCGGUGGGCUGGGCGUGCUCAUAGAAUACAAACAAAACGAGAAGGGAGCAAAGCGGUGGGCAGGCAAACCGGGAUACGAAGGGUAUCUGAACGAUCAGGUGGCGACGUUGCCUGAGAUCCUGGGGGACAAUGGGUACUUUACCGCCAUGUCUGGAAAGUGGCACUUAGGGCUACGGGCCAGUCAAGGGCCUUGGGAACGUGGGUUCCAAAAAGCAUUUGCCAUGCUUCCAGGGUGCUGCAACCAUUACGGUUGGGAACCAGUGCAGGAGCGUUUUCCGGUUGGCGGCUCUCCACUUCACGCGGAGAACGGGGGCAAAGUUGACAUUCAACCGAACAAGACAGAAGAUCCCAAAGACUUCUACUCAACGGACUACUACACCAAUCAACUCAUCCAGUACUUCGAGGGGCGAUCGGAGGAUGACAAGUCAAAGCCCUUCUUUGGGUUCUUGCCGUAUACUGCCCCCCAUUGGCCCCUCCAAUGCUCUAAAGAAAAGCGCGACAAGUACAAGGGAAUGUACGAUGACGGCCCGUAUGCCUUGCGGGAACAGCGCCUGCAAAACCUUGCGGAGAUGGGCAUAAUCGACAAAUCCGUCGUACCACAUCAAGUCGAAACAACUACACAGGGUGUUGGAGAAUGGGAGGAACUUACACCAGAAGAGAAGAAGUUGUCUAGUCGAGCUAUGGAGGCGUAUGCGGGUAUGGUGGACUCGAUAGAUGAGAACGUCGGCAAGGUGGUUGAAUACUUGAAGAAAACUGGGGAAUACGACAAUACUUUGAUCGUGUUCAUGAGUGACAAUGGAGCAGAGGGAGCUGCAAUGGAAGCCGCUCCGGUCAUGGGAGACAAUAUUAUACGCGCUAUUCACGAGUUCUAUGACAACUCGUACGACAAUAUUGGCUCCUGGAACUCAUUCACUUGGCUCGGACCCCUUUGGGCCCAGGCGUCGACAGCGCCGUCGAGGCUGUUUAAGUGCUUUCCUUCCCAAGGGGGCAUCCUCGUUCCGUGCAUCGUUAAACCACCUGCCGAUACUUUCUCUCCGUCUUAUUCGUCAGGUUCAUUCAGUCGUUCGUUCACAACUGUCAUGGACUUCGUCCCCACAUUUCUGGAGUUGGCUGGGUUGCCUCUCCCCAUCGACUCCGCCAAAGGUACCACGGCACGAAAAAUGACCACUUUCCGGGGGAAGGACGUUCACGCUAUACGUGGCAAGUCAUGGGUACCAUUUUUCAGUCAAGGAGAGACAGUCGAAGACGAUGAGGCGUGGUACAUCCACUCGUCAACAGAGCCCAUUGGCUGGGAACUCUUUGCGCGGGGCGCACUGCGGAAGGGAAACUGGAAGAUUGUUCAUAUCGAAAAAAGUCAUGGGGGUGCUGGAGUGGGAGACGAAGGGUGGGAGCUAUUCAACGUGGCUGAUGAUCCCGGAGAAACGAAAAAUUUGGCUCAGGAGAUGCCACAGAAGAUGAAAGAGCUUCUAGCCUGCUGGGAUGAGUACGUAAUUGAGUGUGGAGUUGUUUGGGGAGAGGCAGCUCUGGACCCAGGGUUGGACGCUGGCGAGGCACCUGAGCUAUGGGAGGAUGAGGUGGAAUUGCAAAAGUCUUGGAUGGGUGCUCGGCAAGGAGAAUGUCCGACCUUUUGUCGUUGA